AUGUCGUCCCUGAGAAACAUCAUUCCGAGACGUAAUUACAAAGAGCGUGCUCAACCGGCUUCGAGAGAACGAUGUGGUGUGCUCGAAAAGCAUAAAGACUAUGUCAUUCGUGCUAAAGCCUUUCAUAAAAAGCAAGAUACAAUUCGGAAACUUAAGGAAAAAGCUUUGAAUAGAAAUCCAGAUGAAUUUUCCUUUAAGAUGAUUUCAUCAAGACUCGUCGAUGGAGUUCAUAGGAAAAAUCAAGACAUAAUACACCAUGUGACAAAAAACAAUGAGAUGAAACCAAUUCUUCAAAAGAUUGACGAUGAGAAAAAGAAAAUCAAAAAGUUAAAAACUACCAUUGAUUCUCAAACUAUUUUCUAUACUGAAAGGAAAAUUAAUAGUUCGAAUAAACAAUUGAAAGAAAGCAAGAAUAGACUUAAAGAGCUGGAGAAUAUCUACGUGAAUAAGACAUUGCUGAUGGAGACUCAGAAUAACAGUAAGAAACGCAAGCUACAUGAAGAAAGCAAACCUUUCAAAAAUAAACUAUGCGAAGGAAAGUGUUGA